CUGUGCCUUUGUCUCCUGGUACAUCAGCAUUUCCCUAAUCCUGCCCUGUUUAAAUCCACAAAGUCAUAAUAUGGUUUUAAUUAUAGGCAAAAUAUCCUCAAUUGAUUAAUUAAAUGGGUUAAAAAUAAAUUAUUGUAAAAGAGUCGAAAACAUAAUAGAUUUUAGCUUAAAUUAUAGUAGUAAUUUCAAUGUGGGCAUGAUUAAAAGCCCUGUUAUUUAUGGUAGAUCUUUGCAUGAUGGAUUAUACCAGGCAUUUGAGGUGGAAAACAAACGGAUGAUGUCAGAGGCUUAGUGAUGAAGGGGUUUAUCACUCACGCUGAUGUUUGUGUCAAAGUGAUUUACUCCAGACGCCUGUCUGUGAUUCAGACUGCUGCAGACCUGCAAGACAGUCCCUGGUGAAGGUAAGAAAUUCUUUUAAAAAUGCCAAUAAAUGGCCUGUAACUAGAAAUAUUCAAGCUUUUUGUGAUUUUCCCUAUCCAGGUGAUUUGUUGGUGCACUUUGGUGAUGAAUAUUCUGGAGGAUGUUCCUUUUCAGACCCCUUUGGGACCACUGGGGGUUGAGAUACAGUUGUCGACUUUGUCUGAUAUUUCUGUGCCACACUGUCGUCAGGUCGUGCAGGAAACUGAGUAUGGAUUCAAUCUGGAGAGAUGGAUUUUAACUGGGCAGCAGCCGGUGAGUCAGGUUCCAUCUUGCCCACCCUACUGGCUGAUGUUCAGUGGUCUUCCAGAUACUCACAAGCUCAGUCACAGAAGCCAAGAUCUGUGGGACCCCAGGCCUCGACCCCGCAGCCACAGCCUGAGCUCUGCAGAGGGCUGCUGGCUGCAUCACCGAGCAGUCAAGUUUCUCCCAACCGACUCAGAUGAAGAAGAUGGUUCAUAUAUAAACAAUGCAGGGUCCUGCAGAGAGCGGCCCCGGAGUGCUGCAGCCAGGGACGCAAUCUCUAGAGUCAAAAACAUGCACCUCCCUCAUUCCUCCCACUGCUGUGAACCUGAGCCAUCUCAGAUCCUCCAAGGCCACAGAGCCGCCACUUCUCUCCCUGACUGCAGACCACCUCUGCUUGCGUUGGAGCAGCACAGAUCACAGCAGGCAAGCCCACUUUCUCAGGGGGAGAAGAACAGCAAGAAGAGGCAACGCUCUCUGGGCAGAAAGUUCUCCCAAAACACCCCGCCCGCUGAUCUUUCUCAAUCCAGGCCACUGCAACAACGACCCUCCUCUGCAGGAUCUGUUGUCAGAAACCGCAGGAAGAAAGUUUUGACAGCUCCUGGCUCUCGUGGGGUUUUCUUUGACUCGGCAGCAGAGCUUCUGACAGCUCUCAGCCAGGAGGAGAGGGAGUUACUCGAAACCAUCACAGAGAAGGGAUACCCGUUACGCACUGCCAUCCUGGCUUUGCAGAAAACAGGCUAUCAGAGCGCAGAGAAGGUUCUAAAAUACCUGGUUGCAUGUGAUCGUCUUUGUCAGCUGGGCUAUGAUGAAGCACAAGUGGAGGAGGCUUUGGAGAUGUUUCAGAACUGCGAGAGCAAGGCUGCAGAGUUUCUGCGCUUGCUGACUCAGUUUAAUGAGAUGGGCUUCCAGCAAAGUGCAAUCAAAGAAGUCCUGCUUGUUCAUGAAAACCACCGUGAGCGGGCUCUAGAGGAACUAAUGACACGCAUGGCUUAGGCACUCCAUCAGUUUAAAGAUGAUCAGUGCAUCUGGAAAGUUUUCACAGUGCUGCACUUUUUUUGCAUUUAGUUAUGUGACCCUUAUUCCAAAUCGUAUCAAAUUAAUCUCUCUCCUGAAAUCGCUACGCACUAUACCCCAUUAUGAUGAUGUAAAAUAAGUUGGUUUCAGAUUUUUGCUAAUUUAUUUAAAAAACUAAGAAAUCACAUUUAUGCUUAAUACCUUGUUGAUCCACCUUUGGCAGCAAUUACAGCCUCAAGUCUUCUUGAAUAUGAUGCCACAAGCUUAGUUCACUUAUCUUCAGGCAGUUUUACCAAUUCUUCUUUGCAGAACAUCUCAAGCUCCAUCAGGUUGGAUGGGAGACGUCUGUUCACGGCCAUGUUCAGAUCUCUCCAGAUGUUCAAUCGGAUUCAUUACUGGACUCUGGCUUGGCCACUCCAGGACAUCCACAGAGUGGUUCUGAACCCACUCCUUUGAGAUCUUGGGCGUGUGCUUCGAGUCGUACUACUGAAAAAUAAAUCGCCGCCUCAGUCUGAGGUCAAGAGUGCUCUGGAGCAGGUUUUCAUCCAGGAUGUCUCUGUACAUUCCUGCAUUCAUCCAUCCCUUUAUCCAGACUAGUUUGCCAGUUUCUUCUGUUGAAAAACAUCCCCAUAGCAUGAUGCUGCCACCACCAUGCUUCACUAUAGGGAUGUUAUUGGCUCAGUUUCCUCCAAACAUAACGCCUGGCAUUCACAACAGAAUUCAACCUUUGUCUCAUCAGAUCAAAGAAUUUGGUUUCUCAUGGUCCGAGUUCUUCAGGUACCUUUUUGCAAACUCCAGACAGGCUGCUAUGUGCCUUUUAUAAAGGAGUGGCUUUCAUCUGGCUACUGUACCAUAGAGGCCUGAUUGGUGGCUUGCUGCAGAGAUGGUUAUCCUGCUUAAAGGCUCUCUCCAGAGGAAUGCUUCUUCCCUGAUCACUCAGUUUAGACAGCCGGCCAGCUCUAGAAGUUCUGAUGGUUCCAAACCUCUUUCAUUUAUGAAUGAUUCAAACCACUGUUCUCAUUGGGACCUUCAAACCAGCAGAAAUUGUUCUGUCUCCUCCAGAUUUGGGCCUCAAGGCAAUCCUGUCUCUGAGGUCUUACAGACACUUCCUGUGAUGUCAUGCUUUGUCAUUUGCACUCUGACAUUCACUGUCAACUGUGGGACCUUAUAUACACAGUUGUGUGCCUUUCCUAAUCAUGUCCAAUCAACUAAUAUUGCCACGGGUGGACUUCUUUUAAACUGUAGAAACAUCUCGAGGAUGAUCAGUGGAAACAAAAAUGCACCUCAACAGUUCUGAGCUUGAUGGGAAAGGCUGUGAAGACUUAUGAAACGUUAUUUUACUAUUUGUAAUAACUUUGCAACAAACUCAAACCUCUUUCUUAUUAUAAUGGGGUAUGCAUAGAGUUUUGCAGAAAUAAUUUGAUACCUUUAAAAAAAUAAAAAGGGUUGCAACAUAACUAAAU